UGUAUUUAGGCUAGACCAUGGUUUAGGCUACAACCGAGUCGACAUUAUUUUCCCAAGUUAAAGAAAUGGAGACUGUUACUGUUAGGAGAAAAAAGUCAGAAUUCAGUGAUCUCAAAAUAAGAUCUGAUUUAUUUCUGUGAGACAAGGAAAAUUCCCUCAGAACAAUUUCCUUCUGACUUGAUUCAGCUGUUUGUUUAAGUAAUUUCCCCACUUCCCCUCCAAAUGACAAACAAGAGGAACGCUCUGUUCACAAAGAAAUAUUAUUCUCACAUGCCCACACACCUUCAACAAUGAUGCUUAUACUAUUCAUCACAGGCGCCCUUGUUGGCUACAGUUCCCAAUACCAGUAUCGCUUUGUGAGUGAUAGAAUGAACUGGACCGAAGCACAGAGUUACUGCAGAGGCACAUACACUGACCUGGCCAUUGUUUGUAGUGAGGAGGAUGUGAACAGAAUGACGGCAACUCUCCCACAAGAUUUUACAGGAGCUGCCUGGAUAGGAUUAGAGAAGGGGGAAGUGCAGAGAUGGCAGUGGUCCUUUGCAGAAAAGGUUUUUUAUACCGAUGAUGACUUAAACUUCCGCAACUGGAGAAGUGGGCACCCAACAACUUCAAUGGAGGACAGGUGUGCGGUUUUUGAGCCUGAUGGUCAAUGGUUUGACGACAGCUGCAACACUCAGAGACGCUUUGUGUGUUUUAAUGAGACUGCAGUGGGAAAUAUGAGGUAUGUUUUGAUCGAGGAGAACAAAACUUGGCGAGAGGCACAGAUGAUUUGCAGAGAGCAAUACACUGACCUGGUCAGUGUGAGGGAUGCAACAGAGAAUGAGGCCUUAAGAGCAGAGGCAAACAGUCAGGUGUGGAUCGGACUUUUCAGUGACCCCUGGGUGUGGUCGGACCAAGCCAACAACUCCUUCCGCUUCUGGGAACCAAUCCAACCCAACUAUUUCAAUAACAUACAGGACUGUGUUGUCACCAGAUUUAGUGAGACACGCCAGCUAUACCAGUGGAAUGACAUUAAAUGUGAUGUCAAUCGGGCCUUCUUUUGUUACAGUGAUGUUGAUGAGGAAAUUACGCCGACUGUCACUUCAGAUCCCCUGAUAGCUACCACGUACUCCACUGGCAGUGCAGACCAAAGCAUAAAUCCAGCUCAUACACACCACACCAGCUACAAUACAGCUAACACACACACACAUGUAGCCACUAUCUCAGGUAGCACAUCCUCCACAAGCACAGAAAUAACUACAGCUACCACUCAUAGCACAGAACACACCAGUACUAUGAGUAAUACACAAACAACCCACAACACAGAGUCAGUCACAUCUACAGGUAUCACACACUCAACAGACUCCUCAACUACAGACGACACACAAACCCAAUACACAAUUGGGGCUAGCACAAACACUACACACCACACAGCACCAGUAACAACUACAGGUACCAAACACUCAACAGACAACACAACUACAGACAAUAUACACACACAAUACACAAGUGAGGCUAGCACAAACGCUACACACCACACAGAUUCCACAACAGCUACAUCCCACCCUGAGUUUACUCAGACCGACUAUACUGGGCAGACACAUAGCACUACUGUAACAGAGCAUACACUUCCCCAGAUUAUUACUGCCACUUCCAAUACUAUUCAAACAACAACUUCUGAAGAGGAAAUCACAGAGCAAACAACAGCUUACCAACUAACCGAACAGACCAGCAGUGGACAAACACUUAUUUCCUCUUUGUUUGAAGAUACGCUGAUUCUCAUACGGGAGAAUAUGAGCUGGAUCGAAGCCUUGACUUACUGCAAGACACAUCAUCUCGGCCUGGUCUCAGUCACGGAUGAGCACACGCAGCAGGCGGUGGCAGAGAUGGCGGUCAACGCGUCCACUCCCCAUGUCUGGCUGGGCCUGCACUACACCUGCAAGUUCUCCUUCUGGUUCUGGACGGGUUCUGACAGUGUGUGCUACCAGAACUGGGCUCCGGGACAUGGCCCAGGGGGUCAGAGGGAGUGUGGCCUCUCAGGGGCAGUAGAGUCCAGCAGGGGGAACCAGUGGGUCAGCCUGCCCGGGACUCAGGAGCUUCAAUUCAUUUGUCACACGCGUGGGAAUUGAGUAGUGAGCAUGUGUGAACACAGGACUUGGAAAAGAGACAAGACAGAGAAUAAAAUGUCAAUAGUGUCAUAUAGAUGCUGUGUUUUAUUAUGGAGGCUUGGAUCAUCACUUUUUUUUUUUUUUUUUUUUUUUCAGGCUUAGUUAUGCAAAUGUAUUUUGUUAGUGGUUGCACGUAUUACCACUCAGUAAAGCAGAUUACUAUUGUUGCAAUAUAAUUAUGAGAUAUAGUUGGAGUGGUGUAUUAUUCUUCCAGAAUUCUAUAUUUCCGUUGCUGCUAGGCAGGAUGUCGGGGACAUAUGGACAAAUAAAUCAGCAGCCAAAUGUCCCAUCCGUCUCCAAGAGUCACAUUCUGACUCCGUCCCCCCGCACCCAGAGCCACUGCCUGACCCCUGACCCCUCGGGCUCCCCUCGCCCCCGCAGACCACAGACACACAGCCGGGCCUCCUGACCUCACCUUCACUCCGCGCUGAGGGAGGCCAGCCCGCCUUUGUCCCCCAGACGACAUCCCUCCCUGAUCGGAACUGAUGGAUUCGCCUUCGCCGCUUGCCACGUUUCCCAUGUUUCCCAUGGCUCAUCCAUUGCUUCCUGAGAGCGCCAACAGUGGGAAUGGGUUUCAAGGGUCCAGCUUUUGUUUCGGUGUUCCUAAAAGCAUGUGAAAGUGGGAGAGCUUUUCAUCAUUUUCUAUGGAUGAUGGCGAGGGCCUCUGUGAUCCCAGAACUAGUCUUCAGUGGGAAUGGUGAGGAGUAUGAUGUGCUUGUUGUAAAAAAAAAUUAUACAUUGACAUUCUGUUACCGCUAGCUAUUACCUCUGCUUAUGUUUUGGGUAAUAUUUCAUGUUUUUUCACUGUCAUGGUUGAAAUAAAACCUGUGAAAGGCA